AUGGCCCAGCAAGGCACAGCCAAUGGCGGCGAGCGACCCAAGGUCUUGAUCCCCGAGAAGGUAUCUCCAGAUGGCCUGAAGCUGCUGCAAGCGUCCCUGGACGUCCAUGAGCGCAAGGGUCUGUCACCGGAGGAGCUACUCGACAUCAUCGGCGACUACGAGGCUCUCAUCGUCCGUUCAGAGACCAAGGUCAACGCCAAGCUACUACAAGCGGGCAAAAAACUUCGAGUGGUUGCCAGAGCUGGUGUUGGUGUUGACAAUGUCGAUCUCGAGACCGCCACCAAGCUCGGUGUCAUUGUGGUGAACUCACCGCAAGGCAACAUCAAUGCCGCCGCCGAGCACACGAUCGCCCUACUCAUGGCGACUGCCAGGAACAUUGGCGACGCAAGCGUCAGCAUCAAGUCUGGCAAGUGGGAAAGGAGCAAGUUGACGGGUGUUGAAGUCAAGGGCAAGACAUUGGCCAUAGUUGGACUUGGCAAAGUCGGUCUCACUGUAGCACGUGCCGCAGGCGGACUUGGAAUGAACCUCAUCGGCUACGACCCCUAUGCAAACGUCAACCUCGCAGCGGCAGCAAAUGUGGAAAUUGUGUCAACCAUGGACGAGUUGUUCGAGCAAGCCGACUUCCUGACCAUUCACACGCCUAUGAUAGCUUCCACCAAAGGUAUGAUUAGCACAGCCGAGCUUUCAAAGAUGAAGAAGACUGCCAGAGUCCUCAAUGUCGCUCGAGGUGGUAUCAUCGACGAAAGUGCUCUGCUCUCGGCUCUCGAGUCCGGGACGAUUGGAGGCGCCGGUCUGGAUGUCUUCACCUCCGAACCACCACAAGCGGAUGAUGCUGCAUCAAAGUUGAUCAAGAACCCAAAAGUCGUGGCCACGCCUCACCUUGGAGCCUCGACCGUGGAAGCUCAAGAAAAUGUGUCGAUCGAUGUCUGCGAGCAAGUGCUUUCAAUCCUCUCAGGCCAAUUACCUCGCUCUGCUGUAAACGCUCCCAUCAUCAUGGCCGAAGAGUACCGUACCUUGGCUCCGUUCGUCACUCUCCUGGAGCGAAUGGGCUCGCUAUAUACAUCCUAUUUCGGUCCAUCGAACUCAGCACAACGUCUACGCACCACAUUCGACUUGACUUACGAAGGAACGCUGGCUUCCACCAACACCACCAAGCCACUCUUCGCCGCUCUGAUCAAAGGUCUUGUAGCGCCAAUCACCAGCCAGGAGAACACCAACAUCAACAUCGUCAACGCCGAACUCAUCGCCAAAGAGCGAGGCAUCCUCAUCAACGAAUCUCGUGCAAGAGAUCGUGAUGUCGAGGGUCGUGAGGGUUAUUCUGCGUCUGUCACUCUGCGUGCACGACUCGAUCCCCGCUCUCCCUCUGCAUCUCGUGCCCCUCGUCAGGAUCCAUUCAAAGACGCUGCUGGCAACCGUGCCAAGAAGCUUGAGGACCAGAUCAUCUCCGGCUUCGUUUCCAACAACACGCCAUAUAUCUCUCGCCUAGGUCGUUUCUCCACGUCAUUCGUCCCAGAAGGCGUCCUUCUCAUCUGCAGAAACUUCGACGAACCUGGCAAGAUCGGUACUGUAGGUGGAAAAUUGGGCAAGGCGGGCGUGAACAUCCGUUUCAUGAGCGUCGCACCUAUCGACGAGGGCCUGAAGAACAACGGCGGACUCUCAGCAGACGCCAGUGCCAAUGGCAAGGAGAACGAGGCGCUCAUGAUCUUGGGUGUUGAUCGCCAAGUCGACGAGAAUGUUAGGAAGGACCUGUUGAGCGAGGACGGAGUCUUGGAGGCUGCUUCGGUGACGCUUUGA